AUGAUGAACAAUUGCUGGUACACCAUCCGCCUAGAGAUUAGCGACAACGAAAGCGACUCAUCAGUGCUGUACUUCCGACAUCCCUGCGAGCCUGGCUCAGGGACGGGAGGCUGGAUGCAGCCCUCAUCAGAGAAUCGCAUCGAGAAUAUCAAGCACGAGGCGGCAUCACCGCAAAAGCAAUUCACGCGCGAGGAAAUUGAAAAGCACAACAAGGAAGAUGACUGCUGGAUUGUCAUUAAUGGCAAAGUCUACGAUGCAACAAGUGUGCUUGACUGGCACCCUGGCGGCACGGCACCUAUCAUGGCGCAUGCGGGUAGAGCACAUGCGGAUACCACGAAUGAAUUCGAAAGCAUUCAUGAUGACUAUGCGGAGCAAAAGCUAAGCGAAUGCGUGCUCGGUGUCGCUACCGAAAAGGCGAUCGGGCUUAUCAAGAAGCAGGCCGAAGAUGCAGCCAAAGAGAGAGCCAAAUCCUCAAAGAAGGCUUUUCAGACUGUCUUUGACCGCCAUCGGUGGAAUGUUGUUCGGUUUAAGGGAAAGGAACAAGUCUCCGAGGAUACUCGUCGAUACACUUUCUUGCUCCCAGCCGAUACGAAGAAGCUCGGUCUUGUCACCUGCCAGCAUCUGCAACUGGGCUUCCAUUUUAGUGAUCGACUUGUCAUCAGGCCGUAUACGCCCACGAGGCCAAUUUUCGAGAGAGAAGAAGAUGGCACGUUCGACCUUGUCGUCAAGACAUACCCCCCGGAUCAAUCCCAGCCAGGCGGAACUAUCAGCAAUAUCCUCGACUGUCUGCGUCCGGGUGAGGAAAUUGAAGUCAAAGGGCCUUCGGGCGAGAUCAAGUACAUCGGCCAAGGCAAGUUCAUGAUUGACGACAAAGAAUAUCAUUUCCGCAAUGUCAGUCUUGUCUUGGGAGGAUCCGGUAUUACCCCCGGAUACCAGCUUAUCUCACGUAUCCUACGUGCCAAGGAACAAGGCCUGGAAGAGGACAAGACCAAUCUCAAGGUCGUCGAUGCGAACAAGACUGAAGACGAUAUACUAUUGAGGGAUGAGUUCGAUAGACUUGCAGAGGACCAUCCGGAUCAGUUCCAGAUCACUCAUGUUCUUUCACAUCCAAGUGAUAGAUGGACAGAGGAGAAAGGCCAUGUGACGAAGGAGAUUCUGCAGAAGUAUGCAUUUGGACCUGAGAAAGAGAAUCUGGCGCUUCUUUGUGGGCCCCCGGCUAUGAUUAAGAAGGCUGUGCUUCCAGCACUUAAGGAGAUUGGAUACAAGGAGGAUGCAAAUUUGUUUGGAUUUUAA